UCGCGGCAUGUGGACCUGGACGAGGGGGUGCGUCCGUUUGACCAGCGUCGAUAUCAGCGGAGCCAGUCGACAGUCGGGGACACGUCUUCAGCGCGGGGGGCAGCGUCGAGAGCGGGGAGAAUGAGAAUAGAGGAUAUCGUCUCUACUUGGAGGUACAGCGCAGCACAAGAAGGGAGGUCACUCCGAAAGAUUUGGACAUGAAGAAGGACAUAGACACAUUGAUAGCAGAGGAACGCACUGAAAUCAUCUCUAAAUAUGACAAGGGCAGACAGGAGGGUAUCAACAUUGACCCAUGGGAGGAUGCUGACUACAGCAUCUAUAAGGUUACUGACCGCUUCGGCUUCCUGCAUGAGGAAGGGUUGCCGACACCCAGUGCGACGGAAGAGAAGCAAAAGCAUCAGGAGAUAGAGCGAGUGGCGAAAUGGCUCAAGAUGGUGAAGAAGUGGGACAAGUACAAGAACAGUGAAAAGUUGGUGAAGCGUGUGUAUAAAGGCAUCCCUCUGCAGCUGAGGGGGCAGGCCUGGGCCUUGCUUCUGGACAUAGAGAAAGUCAAACAAGAUAACGUCGGAAAAUAUGAGAGAAUGAAGCUGCAGGCUCGUUAUUUCUCCGCAGAGAUCAAACAGAUAGACUUGGACGUCAACAGAACCUUCAGGAACCACAUCAUGUUUAUGGACCGCUUUGGAGUCAAGCAGCAGGCGCUGUUUCACGUACUCGCAGCGUACUCCGUCUACAACACGGAGGUGAGCUACUGCCAGGGGAUGAGUCAGAUCGCUGCCAUUCUGCUCAUGUACCUGAAUGAGGAAGAUGCCUUCUGGGCUCUGUCCCAGCUCCUCACCAACAGCAAGCACGCCAUGCACGGGUUCUUCAUCCCAGGGUUCCCCAAACUGCAUCGUUUCCAGGCCCACUACGAGCUGGUCCUCUCCAAGAUGCUGCCCAAGCUGAAGAAACACCUGGACAAAGAGCAGAUGACAUCCGGCAUUUACACCACCAAAUGGUUUCUGCAGUGCUUCAUUGACAGAACCCCGUUCACCCUUACCCUGCGUCUAUGGGACAUCUACAUAAUGGAGGGAGAGAAGACGCUGACUGCCAUGGCGUAUACAACCCUCAAGUUACACAGGAAGCGCCUGCAGAAGCUUCCAUUGGAGGACCUGAGGGAGUUUCUUCAGGAGCAGGUAGCCGUGUCUUUCUUCUCGCCUGAUGAUGUCGUGGUGGAACAGUUACAGACCGCUAUGUCCGAACUCCGCAGUAAAAAGUUGGACCAGCCGCCCCCAGCCAAGUCAGAAGAGCAGCCAAAGACGCCUCUGGGUCAAGAGAGGCCAGUUCUCCUGCAGCCGGACUCUCCUCUGGAGGUCAAAGUCAACAUGCUGCCGCCCCCCAGCCAACCCGAAACAGAGGCCCUGCAGCAGACCCCUUCUUCUGCGGAGCACCAGGUCUCAAGAACUCCUCCUCUGGCUUCGCCCGACCUGGUUGUCGUCCACACGCCAGGAACACCUCCUCCGUUGAGGCCUUGCAGAGCGCCUCCCUUACCUCCCAAAGCACACAAACCCGGUGCUGAGGGCGGAUCGGACAGGGAUGGAAAUGAGUCGCUUCCAGAGGUUCGCCGGAGCGGAGAGGUCGGAAAACCGGAGGGCCCGCCUGGACGGCCUGAGACCCAGGAAGAGCCGGUGGAUUGGCCCCCCCCUUACUUGGAUGCUCUUGCUGUGGGGACUGCGGAGGAGUUCAUGGACCUUCCAGAUCUGCCCCCUCCACCUUUCUUCUACACCGAGCGGAAUGACCAAAGGCGCCUGGAUGGGGAAGCACACCGCCUGGGGACUGGGACGGGCUCCGGGGCCCAGCAGCGCUCUCCUUCUCCUCGCCCGGCCUCACCACUGGUCCCUCAAAUGAAGCUAUUGCCAAAACCGUGUCUAAAACCACCAGCGUCGCUUCAUCUGGCACAGAAGGAACCUGCUCCCACAAAGCCUUCCUCUCACCGUGCCUUCGCCACCUCCUCCUCCUCCUCCCCCAGACUUCCUCCGCCCCCGAAGCCGACCAAGUUCCCGGUCUCUCUCUGCGUCCCGGUGCCCACUGGAGGCCGGCGGCCCUCCAACACCUCCCAGUAUGACAACCUCUCUGAGGCUGAUGAAGAGGACCGCUUCCUGGAGAGGCUGCUUGGCUCCACGCCUGAGGAACUUCCAACCACGCCCAGCAAUGGCCCCCACGCCACUGGCCGAGGUCAUGACCCUGCGCUCUACCCUCUGCCUCCUCCUCCCGUGUUCAUCCCUCCCUCGCCCUCUUCUUUCCCACCCUCGCUGUGCGGUCUCCCCAGUUUGCCACAGGAGCCAGAAUAUGAAGGAGAGGACAGCUGGGUGGAGGACUCCAUCAUCCCCCCUCCUCCAGCUUACUUUGCCGACAGACUGGCGCCCUUCCAGCGGAGCGCUGCCAGCUGUUCGGACACGCACAGAGCCGCCUCGCCCGGUUACUCCAAGCCUUUCUCUCGGGGCCCCAGGGACCAUUCUGCUUUCCCCGCCCCACUGCUGUACACCGGCUCUCCCCCGGGCCAGUCCCGGCCCUCGGGUCCGUCGGCCGUCAGAGUGCCAUCGGGCCAAUCCAGCCCGGACUUUUGCAGGAUGCCUCCAGGUGGCCAGCAGCUGCCCAAGUCAGUGACCUUCUAAAGGUUCCACUUAUUUUUCCAGUGUCACUGAGAAUGCCAAAAUGGUCCAAACUGUCUGUUCGGGCUCGAUGAGUCUUCAACGCCAUUUCAGACGGGCUGCGUGUGCUCUCUCGUGGACGUACCGAUGCAUGUGAUGCUUGCACCUCUUUCAGUUUCCUUUUCUAUCGUCAAGCUUGUAUUUCUGCAGUCUGCUCCGUGUUUUCUGCACAAAGUGAGCGUAAGUACUGACCUGCUCUGGCUCCACCAGAGUCGCGUCAUCGCUCGUUGUUGUAACGUGGUUCCAACAGAAGUGUCUUAACCUGAUCGCAGAGCACCGCGACGGAACAGUUCUCCUGUGGGCCGGCUUACGCGUCUCAACACAACAUCAACUGUAACUGUUCGUACGACGUAAAUACUUCAUUAAACCAGUUUGCAAACCUUUAACGUUGUGACCAACAGGAAAGACAUGGUGCAAUAUGUCUCUGCUGUAAAUAAGGAAGAUAGUUAGAUUCACAUGAAGCCGGGUCAGUCCCCCCCCCCCCCCCCUAGGUAACAGUGGGUACGUUGCUGCUUUAGUUUUAAAUUGACUUGUGAGGGCGAUGAGUUUCAAAGAAAAGGUUUCAGAGUAUCUGUUUGUCUUACACGUGAGUUCACAGCAAUAAUGUUCUGUUGGAUGUAUAUAAAUGUGAAUUUGGUGUAAAGACUUAAUAGGAUUUCAUGAAUGUGCCAUAUUGUCAGCACAGCUCCAGUAAACACGCCGAUCCCAAUAUUUAUGAAGAGUAGCGCCAUCUGGUGGUCAGAAGUGUUCCAGGUUAACAGCGACUGACACCAGCUCUAAAUAAAGUCCUGGUGCCGAGGCGUUUGGGGAGAUGACAACGAUUACAAUGACGCCCGUUUAUGAUCGUACAUAGUCGGCUUAAAAUGACACCGACGGACCCCGUCUUACUGCUCCAUGUGCUCUUGGAGCAGGGAACCAAACUCAUGCACAGAUAUUAUUCUAGAGCCGUUGCAAAGACCACGGUGACAAUUUAUUUAAUUUGCUUGGCGCGAAAGAGCUUGAGGAAUGGAAGUUGAGCCAUAACUUGGUGAACAAGGACCUAAUUACAUGUUUAUAUUGUUACAUUAUAUACCGCGUCUAAACAUCGCUUGUCUUUUGCACUGCCCUUUGUUAUUACCAAGAGGCGUUUGCAUUCUCUAAGUAUUCCGUUGAUUUCUAUUGCAGGAAGGUUACUGCUCUCAGUAGUUGGUCUUAGGAGUGAUUCUACCGGAUGUCUGGCGGGUCGUCUUUGGUCCUGCUGCUGCGAUUCUCACCCAACAACUAGAAUCCAGCACACAUAUUUAGUCAUGUGACCUUUUUUUUAAUGGAGCUGGUUGACUGAUGCUGGGACUCAGACCAAAGCGUAUGUACACUUAUGCAACUACUUGUUUGAGUUUUAUAAAGAGCUGAACCUUU